AUUUAUUUUUUUUUGGGGACAGAGAGAGACAGAGCAUGAACGGGGGAGGGGCAGAGAGAGAGGGAGACACAGAAUCGGAAACAGGCUCCAGGCUCCGAGCCAUCAGCCCAGAGCCUGAUGCGGGGCUCGAACUCACGGACCGCGAGAUCGUGACCUGGCUGAAGUCGGACGCCCAACCGACUGCGCCACCCAGGCGCCCCAAGUAGAAGCACAUUUUGGCAGGAUGAGCACUGCACCUAAGGUGAGGAAGUGGCAUCAGUGGAUGUUGUCGCUCUUAAGGAGUUUUGCAGGAUGGAGGAGAAGAGCAACUGGCAGGUGGGGACAGGGGAGGAAACACGAAGGAAUCCCUCUCGCCUUGUUUCAUAAUUUUUUUCUGUGAAGUCAGAGGCAAGAUCACAUGUUAGGAGUAAGGGAGGUGAUGAGGAUUGGGUAGGAGAAUGGUGGAGGUGUGGGUCAGUAGCCGAGAAGAUGGGUUGACUUGUACCAAAGUCAAGCGGAGACAGCAGUGUUUCAUUGAAAGUAAUGAGACUGGAUACCAUUAAUUUGUAGUUGGGUUGCCCUGCGUGGUUAUGUGAUCUCGUCUUGCUCAGGAACCUCAGAUAGCAGAGAAGUUGAAUGGGAGAGCCAUCCAUAUCGGGCCAGUGAACUAGACGGACAGCAGAACUAGGCUUUUACAGGAAAAUAAGUGAUCGGUCUUUGGGUUCAUAUUCAAUUAGGCAAGAAGGGACAAAGUAGCAUCUAUCCAUUUUUCUUCAUCGCCACUGCUGUCAUCCUCGUCCAGCUCACCAUCAUGUCUUUGCAAUAAUUUCCCAACCAGUUUCCUUAAAUCCGUGUGUUCCUUCCACAUUCUUCUUCUCACUACAACCAGGGAGAUCUUUUGAUAUUUCAAAUCUGAUCAUGCCCAGUCCCUACUUCCAACCCUUCAAUGGCUUCUCGUUACUUUUAGGAUAAAAUCUCAAUCUUUAACAGGGUCCACUAGGCCUCUCCUAAUUCUCAUUUUGUACCAUUCUCACCUCUGUGUUUCUUCCUACCACAGAACGUUGAGCCAGGUUUCCUCUGCUUGGGGUAUUCUUUCUUUCCCAGCUUGUCUCCAAUUUCUACUCAUUCCUUGGUCCUUAGAUGUAAUAGCACUUCCUUGGGAAAGCUUUUUCUGACUCCCUGUAAGAGAUAAUACCCAUUUCCUGGGCAUUUCUUUAUUAUAAUCUUCUAUGAAAUUUUGUGGGGUUUUUUUUCCCCCUCCAGACUAGAAUCUUUGUGAGGAUAAAGAUUGUAUCUAUCUAGUUCAUUGUUGUGUCUCUAAUCCUGACCAUAGCACACCUAACACAUAGUAGGCACUCCAUGAUUUUUGUUGAAUUAGUGAAUAAGGUGAAUAAGGAAUUGGAUGUCUUAGUCUGAGGUGAGGAUAUCUUGAAUUAAGACAGCAGGUUUAGUAGUGGAGAGGGAAGGCUGGAAGCAAGAUGAGGUUGUAGCCAAAGUAAGGUGUUGGAAGUUGAAAGUACAGAGGUGCAGUAAUUUUAGGAGAUGGCAGGGUCCAGGACUGGGGCGUUGGAGUGGAGAUGGAGGUCUUUGCAUUUGAUGAGAUUAUGAAACUCUCUGGCAGAAACGUUGGAUGGAUUGUGCAGGUGGGUGUCAGAAUUGCUGAGGAAAACGGUAGGAUUUAAAGUGAGAGCAAUAUGAGGCAGGAGUCUAGGUCUUUAAUAAAUAUGAGCGAGAGGCUCAGCCCUUUCUUAGAAUUCAGUGGGUAAGAAUCAGGGUCGUUUGGGGUUCAGUAAUGCCACAGUGCCUUGGGAGGCAGUGUGGUGCAGUAGAGAGAGCGUGUGUCCAAAAUAUCUGGGUUCAGACUUUGGGCAACCACCUGACUUUUUAAGCCUUAUAUUUGUUUAUUUGUAAACAACCCAUUUUUCUGUGAAGAAAUGCUUUCUCUAAUCCUUUUCUAUGAAAAUGCCAUCAUUCUUGGGAAUAGAUUUUAUUGUUCCAGAGAAGAGAACAAAGGCCAUUAUGUGAAAGUUACAGAGGGAGGUGGGCUGGUGAUUUAGUUUAGAAAAGCGUUUUCUCACAAUUAGAGUUGUCCAACAAUAAGAUGGACAUGUGGCAAAGGAAUGAGUUCUCCAUCAAAACUUGUAUCGAUGUGGAGGCGGGCUGACUUCUCUGUCAGAGAUGUGAUAGAAGGGUUCCUGCAUGGGGGCAGACACUGGAUUACGUAAUCACUAGUCUUGUCCACUUGGAGGAUUGGUGGGUUUUGACCCCAGUUGAGAUUUGUCUAUACAUGAUUCAAUCAACAGAUGUUUGAGUGCCUCUUCUGCUUUGCGUGAAAGUUUGGAUGCCAGUGUUUUCUUUUUUUCGUUCCUGUGUGCUGAGACAGAGCCCAGGACUGUGUGUCUUAGUCUGUGUUGUGGAUAUUUCCCAUUUGGAAUUUGAGAAGCGCAAGCCCGGUGUUGCUGGUGAUGUAACAAAAGCUACUGUCCUCACCUGGUGGGUGGGGUUAGGGUGGAGUCUGUGGCCGCACCUGGAGGCAUCAAGUACAACAAUGUGCUGCCAAGAAGUUUGGUUUAGUAUUUGAAUUUUUUAGCAAGUAAUUCUAGAUAACCGUUGGAUCUCUACAUUACUUUCCAAAACUAAUUUUUGGAAAGAAUGACCUACUAUGUUGGCAGAUGAGAUCUGUAAUGCCAUGGCAUGGCAUUGAUGGUUUUCACUGGUUUCUUAGUCACAGGAGCCUGUGUCUGGCUGGGUGGGAAAUUGCCUACACGUGUGUGGCUUAAUCAACUCUUGUCUCUUAUCGCUGACGGCCGUUUGUGUGUUUAUUGUACAUCUCCCACAUUCUUUCAGAAAGUUAUAGUGGCUUUCCUAAGUUCCUUUGCAUAUUUUUUUUUUUAAAGAGAAAAUUGAAAUUCAUUUUGCUGCUCUGCUCUUGGUUUAGCAUUAGUUAUGCUUUUAAGUUAUUUGGGCUGCACCCAUCUCCUGUGACCUCUGAGACAAGGACUAAAAUGGUCUUGGAGAAGAAAUUCUUCUCUGUAUCAGGGGAGGGGGAAGCCACUCAUUCAUUUAUGAAUUCUGAAGGGAUUUAACUCUUAAGUAUAAAUUGUAAGAAACUAAUUAUAACUCAACAGUUUGAAUUUGAGGUAUGUUGGGCCAAAAGUUCCUUAUGCAUUGGCAGCCUUUUCUCACAAUUGUGAUACUGAAGUGGAAGGAAAUUAGACAUUGAUAAUAUGUAGACCGAAAGAGAAUGUCAGGAUCAUGUCAGGCUGUAGUGAACUGAAGUUCAUUUUUUUUAACCCUGGAAAGGAUCUUAGAGGUCAUCAAAUGCAAGUCUAGGAUAUACAAGAGGCAACUGAAACCCUAUAAGUAAUUUGACCAAAGCCACCCAGCUAACAUACACAGGUGUAGGUCAAAAUCAUACGAUCCGAGGGUGGUGGAAGUAGUAACAGAAAGGAGAGUUUCUGAAACUUGGGAAGAUGGAUUAGGACCAUCUAGAAAUAGAGGGAUUAUAUAAAGCAUGAAGGACCCUGGAAUUUCUUAUCUGCUAACUUAAGCUGAAAAUUGAUUGGUUUGGUGGUGGCUGGUGUGGAGGUUCACUGAGUUAAUCAUUUACUCAUCAGGCAUUUACUGACUGCCUACAAUAUUGUAGGUGCUGUGCUAAGUGUUGGGGCUACAAAUAUGAAUAAAACACGUCCCUGCACUCAUGGAUCUUUUGUACUACUGGAAUCGUACAAGAGAGAAUACUUUGUAUUUUGCCCUCUCUCUCAAAAAAUUCGGUGCCACCAAGUUAGUGACCUACUGGCUUUAUGACCCACAAAUCAUUGCUGUUUAUUUGCCUUAAUAUUUCUAAGGAAUGCAGAAAAUCAGGAUCUGAUCAUACCACUGAACAAACUGUGUCCUGGGGUAAGGGGCGUUUGAAGAAAAAGUAUCUGAGUCACCCUUAGACUUCAGGUUGUUUACGAGAAGAUGUUUCUGAAGAGAGUCACCUGAGUCACGUUUUACCUUUGAGAAUUCUACUUUUGGCCUUCCCCAAAAAAGCAAGGGAUUGGUGGGUGUGGUAGGACAGGUGUGUUAUGGUUACUGUAGGAACAAGCCGUCUUCUCCAGAGAACUAAACCUGUCUACCGUGGCCAAAUUUGGUUAGAGGUUGUUCUUCACUUUGUUAUUGCUUCCUCAGCUGGGACUGCCAACUUCAGAGGAAUGUGGAUUGGUGCCAGGCUAUCAGGUCAGGGACAGAAUUUCUGCCAAAGUCAAGUCUGAAAGAGGAGAUCUUUUUCAGGUGGAGGGCUGAGUUUUGAUCUAUGUCCACCCUAUCUCAGCUGCCUGAAAGUACUUAAUGAUCACAUGACCCUGGACAUGGAUGCUGUCCUGUCGGAUUUUGUCCGUUCCACAGGCGCAGAGCCUGGGCUGGCCCGAGAUCUCCUGGAAGGAAAGAAUUGGGACGUGAGUGCUGCCCUCAGUGAUUUUGAACAGCUACGUCAAGUUCGUGCUGGGAACCUGCCGCCACCCUUUAGUGAAGGGAGUGGUGGCUCCAGGACCCCUGAAAAAGGGUUUUCUGAUAGAGAGUCUGCCCGCCCUCCCCGGCCCACCCUACAGCGGCAGGAUGACAUCGUUCAAGAAAAACGCCUGUCUAGGGGCAUCUCCCACGCCAGCUCCAGCAUUGUUUCCCUGGCCCGAUCCCAUGUCUCCUCCAAUGGUGGGGGUGGGGGGAGCAGUGAGCACCCCCUGGAAAUGCCCAUCUGUGCCUUCCAGCUUCCAGAUCUCACUGUGUACAACGAAGACUUCCGCAGCUUCAUAGAGAGAGACCUUAUUGAACAGUCCAUGUUGGUUGCCUUGGAACAGGCAGGGCGUUUGAACUGGUGGGUGAGUGUGGACCCUACCUGCCAGAGGCUGCUUCCUUUGGCAACUACUGGGGAUGGAAACUGCCUUCUCCAUGCAGCCUCCCUAGGCAUGUGGGGUUUCCAUGAUCGGGACUUGAUGUUGCGUAAAGCUUUGUAUGCACUGAUGGAGAAAGGAGCUGAGAAGGAAGCAUUAAAACGGCGCUGGAGGUGGCAGCAAACACAGCAGAAUAAGGAGUCAGGGCUGGUUUACACAGAGGAUGAGUGGCAGAAGGAAUGGAAUGAGCUGAUCAAGCUUGCCUCGAGUGAACCCCGCAUGCAUCUAGGUACCAACGGAGCCAACUGUGGUGGGGUGGAGAGCUCAGAGGAGCCCGUGUAUGAGAGCCUAGAAGAAUUCCACGUCUUUGUCCUUGCGCAUGUACUUAGGAGGCCCAUAGUUGUUGUGGCCGACACCAUGCUGAGGGACUCUGGUGGGGAAGCAUUUGCCCCUAUUCCCUUUGGGGGAAUCUAUCUGCCUUUGGAGGUCCCAGCCAGCCAGUGUCACCGCUCCCCUCUGGUGCUCGCCUAUGAUCAGGCCCACUUUUCUGCACUUGUGUCCAUGGAGCAGAAGGAGACCGCCAAGGAACAAGCUGUGAUCCCACUCACGGAUUCGGAGCAUAAGCUGCUGCCCUUGCACUUUGCUGUGGACCCUGGAAAGGGCUGGGAGUGGGGCAGAGAUGACAGUGACAACGUCCGAUUGGCCAGUGUAAUCCUGUCCCUAGAGGUCAAAUUGCACCUGCUGCAUGGCUACAUGAAUGUGAAGUGGAUCCCAGUGUCCUCUGAUGCACAGGCUCCCCUGGCCCAACCUGAGUCCCCCACAGCCUCAGCUGGAGAUGAGCCCCGGUCCACUCCUGAGUCUGGGGAAUCAGACAAAGAGUCCGUCGGCAGCAGUUCCACGAGCAAUGAGGGCAGCAAGCGGAAAGAGAAGGCAAAACGAGGUCGAGAGAAAGACAAGAAGAGAGCAGACUCCGUGGCUAACAAACUGGGCAGCUUUGGCAAAACCUUGGGCAGCAAGCUCAAGAAGAACAUGGGCGGCCUGAUGCACAGCAAGGGUUCUAAGCCCGGAGGGAUGGGAGCAGGGGCGGGGGUAAGCAGCGGCACUGAGACACUGGAGAAGAAGAAGAAGAACUCCCUGAAGAGCUGGAAGGGGGGCAAGGAGGAGGCAGCUGGGGACGGGCCUGUGUCUGAGAAGCCCACGGCGGAGUCUGUCGGUACCGGAGGGAGCAAGUAUAGCCAGGAGGUGAUGCAAAGCCUGAGCAUCAUGAGGAUUGCAAUGCAAGGGGAGGGGAAGUUUAUUUUUGUUGGAACCCUGAAGAUGGGUCACCGUCAUCAGUAUCAGGAGGAAAUGAUCCAGCGCUACCUUUCUGAUGCCGAAGAGCGAUUCCUGGCAGAGCAGAAACAGAAGGAAGCAGAGAGGAAGCUCCUGAAUGGAGGGCUAGGCGGCGGGCCUCCUCCAGCCAAAAAGCCAGAGCCAGAUGGUGGGGAGGAGUUGCUGACUGCCCCUCCAGCAGAGUCCAAGGCGAUGGCAUUCUCUGCUGGCUACCCUGGGGGCUUUACUGUCCCUCGGUCUACAGGGGCUGGGGUCCACUGCCAGGAGCCCCGGCGGCAGCUGGCAGGGGGUCCUUGUGGGGGAGGCCUACCACCAUAUGCCACCUUCCCCAGACAGUGCCCUCCAGGGCGACCCUACCCCCAUCAGGACUGCAUCCCUUCUCUGGAGCCAGGCAGUCACUCCAAGGAUGGCGGUCACAGGGGUGCGUUGUUACCGCUCCCCUUCCGCGUGGCUGAUUCCUAUAGCAACGGCUACAGAGAGCCCCCUGAGCCAGAUGGAUGGGCUGGAGGUCCCCGGGGGCUUCCUCCGGCCCAGACCAAAUGCAAACAACCGAACUGCAGCUUCUAUGGACACCCGGAGACAAACAACUUCUGCUCCUGCUGUUACAGGGAAGAACUGAGGAGGAGGGAGCGGGAACCCGGUGGGGAGCUGCUGGUGCACAGGUUCUGAGUGGGGGAACCUUGGAGGGCAAGGGGGCUAAACAAAGAGAGUUAAGCUCCACUAAUUGGCUCAUCAAGACCCAGCCCCCAUGCAAAUGGGGCAAAUGCAGAAACGUUGGUGGGAGCCUGGCUGGAAACUUUGAAGUGGGUGCGCGCUCGCCUCGCUCGAGAGCUGCCAGGCUGGCAAGAGCAGGGCAGGGCCAGACGGUGCCUGGAGGGCUCCACUGGUCCUUUGCCAAUCUUGAUGGGACUGAGGAAGUAUGGGGUGGGGCGGGGAGAUGCUGAUUCUGUCUCAUAACUGCUUGGGUACACCCCAGGACCUAAGGGAAAGGGGAAGGUUUAGUGUGUGGGAGUGGGGAGGUGGGCAGAAGUGGGGGGGGGGAGUAGGCAAAGGAGGUUCUCAGUCAAUAAAAGAAAAAACAGACCAAAGUCCUUGUAGGUUGGAAAAAAGCACAUGACGGUGGAGUUGGGAGUGUGGAGGGAAACUGGGAAAUUAGAUAAAUUUGCUAUUGGUUUGAAUUAAGGUAGGAAUUAGGGUUGGAUAAAUUCUUCCUCCUGAAGGAUCUGGAAAGACUAGGCAGUAAUGUGUGCUCACAGGUGCUUAUUAGGAGGGGGUUAGUUGAAAUUGGUUUGUUGAGAUGGGAAAGGGAAGAACUUCAAAGGGGAAUCCUUUUCCUCUCGAGUUUUAUUUCCUUCUAAACAGUCUUGCUGAUCGCCCUCUAUCUUUUCCUCAUCCUUUUUGAGGGCUGAGCCUCAGCUAAGUUAAGAUUGUGAUUUUUUUUUUAAACGACUUUAAUUUUAUUUAAAUAAAAAAAGUUCCCUCUGGGGAAGGGAGGAGUGACAAGAAGAGCAGCUGUGUGGGCUGAAUCUUCUCCAGGCAGCGGGAGCACAGGUGAUCCUUUUGUAACUACUUAGCAAUAACCACACAGUGAGGUUUGAGUGCACCCCGGGAAGGGUGGGAGCAGGACAGACCUCUGGCCGGACUGUUUUAAACAAAACCAAAAACCUAAAUAGAACACUACCAUCCUCUGCUGCUGCAUUUCUGUAGAAAGCAACUUAUUUUGACUUUUUUGUUUUUAAGGAAAAGAAAAAGACCCCAGUGAGCAAAAACGUUUUAAAAAAGUGGUUGUUUUUGUUUUUGUUUUUUCCUAUUUAAGUGAUUCUUUCUCCUUCCUCUCUACUUUUGGAGAAUGAACUUAACAUCCCGGCUUCUUUUGUUAAGCCAUAGCUGACCUUAAUCUGUGGUUAGUUUAUUAAAAUAAUUAAAAAAAUA